AUUCCCACCCACCGACCUACCUCGACCUACUUCCUCGUAACCCUUGCGACCCUCCCUCUUUAGCUCGCAUACCAUAUCACCAUGUCGUCCUCUGCGGUCAACAACCCGAAUCCCCAGAGCAUAAACGCGCUCUUAGCUAAGCUAGGCGAUCCGGACCCUGAUUUCCGUUUUAUGUCAUUGAACGACCUCCAUCAAAUCCUCACCAAGCAGAAGGUCGAUUUCCUCAACCAUGAUUAUAAUACAUCUUCUAGAAUUGUUGACAAUGUGGUCAAGACCCUAGACGACCAAAAUGGAGAGGUUCAGAACCUAGCAAUUAAGUGUGUUGGCCCACUCGUGACGAAAAUUCCCCUCACGGUUCUCUCCCCCAUGCUGGAUAAGCUUAGCGUUAUUGAAAUGAAGAACUCGGUGGAUAAUUCGAUACCCUCCCUUGCGCUCCGAAACGCCAUAUCAUCAUUGCCGAAGCCAGUGCGUGGGGUCCCCCCUUCUAGAGAAGUGGUCGAAACCUAUAACGUUGUUAGUCGCGUUCUAAUUCCACGCAUCCUGGGCCUCCCGGGCCCUUCUAACAAGCAAAUGCCUAGCGGAGCCCAUGGGAUCUUGGAUAAGAAUAGGGACCCCACUGCUGAAUCUGUGGACGUACUCAUUGAGGUAGUCCGCUGCUUUGGACCUUUGUUACUGCCAUUGGAGGUUGAGAAGCUACAAGAUGUGGUUGUACAAGUAUUGGAAAGAGAUUCUGCGCCCUCCCCUGUCAAGAAACGGGCAGUCGUUGCCCUUGCUAUUCUUGCACCCUACUUGACGACUAGUAUCCUCGAUGGUCUGGUUAAGAAGAUCCAGAAGGCUCUGAGCCAGCCUAAACUGAGCCCAGUCAUGCGCCGUCUAUACGUUUCUAUAAUGGGAUCACUCGCUAGAUCAAUUCCCCACAAGUUCGGCGAAUAUCUACCUAGUCUUAUCGACUUUGUUCUGAGUCCCCUGAGCCAAGAGGAAUUGCAGAGUCAGCUUGAAGCCCUCGGCGAAGGUAAUGAUCAACUUCAUCCCGAUUUCAACGAGGUUCGCGAGGCUGCAUUGGUUGCGCUGGAGUCAUUCUUGGCAUCGUGCGGCCUGCAGAUGCGAGACUACACUGAUGCAGUUAUCGCGGCGUGUCUUCGUUACCUCAAAUUCGAUCCCAACUACGCAGUCGACGAAGACGAGGAGAUGGAUGAGGAUGAGGAUGCAAAUAGUGAUGACGAAGACGAAGACGAUGAAUUCGAAGACGACGCUGGAUUUGAUGACGACGAUGAUGCGAGUUGGAAAGUUCGCAGAUGUGCAGCAAAAGCUCUGUAUACUCUUAUCUCUACGCGAAGUACCGACCUAUUGGAGAAGGGGACUCUUUAUCACGACAUUGCUUCUCCACUUAUCAAGCGUUUCGAUGAGCGAGAAGAGAACGUACGUCUCGAGAUCAUUAGCACUGUGGCUCUCCUAAUCCGAAAAACCGGUGAGGGUGUCAUUCAAUCUAUUACAGCCGACGAUGAACUCGUUCCCUCCCUUGGAGAAAACCGAAAACGGCGAAGACAGAGCAGCGGUGGGGUUGUAUAUACCAACAAGGCUCCUUAUUUGGGAGCCACUGGUCUUAUUUCGCCCACUCGCGAAUCCGUCCCACCUACCGGUCCGCGCGCGGAUCUCAAAAAGCUCACGCCGCAGAUCGUUAAAUCGGCGACGAAGCUGCUCAAGGGCAAGCAAAUUGCCACAAAGCAAGCAAUAAUUAAUCUGUUAAACGAUUUGAUUGCGGUACAAAAUGGUGGUUUGGCCGAUUAUUUCGAUCAGGUCAUGCAACCGAUUAUUGAUGUUACUAAAGGAGUGACAGGCAGUGCCAACUCGACAUCGAUGACCUUGUCGGGUACCGCGUCAGCCACUGCAACUACAUUACGUGUAGCGGUUCUUCAUUUCACGAGCGAUAUAGCGAAAACUCAUUCCUCGAGUCUAUUCCAACGCUACCUUGAGAACAUUGUAGCUGGUGUAGUUUCCGCCGUUCGCGAUAGAUUCUAUAAGAUCUCCAGCGAAGCAAUUCGGACUGCCGAGGAAUUGGUCAAGGCUAUAACUCCGCCGCGAGCCAGACUCACGACCCAGAAGUACAAGCCGGAAUUGCAGAAGCUAUACGAAAUUAUAGUGGACCGUGCAUCGGCAGUUGAUGCAGACACUGAAGUACGCCAGAAAGCCAUCCAAGCUCUUGGAACGCUGAUUUCGAGGACGUCUUCUCCGGAUGGUAUCGCUCUAAUCCCUUCGGAUAAGCGCCAGGCUGCCUUAGAUUUGCUUCUAGACCGACUACGAAACGAAACAACACGUCUACAUGCGGUGCGAGCAAUUGAUAACGUGGCAGCGCAUUCGUUGACGCCAGGUGGCCUCGAGCCUAAGUGGGUACAACAAGUCGCAUUAGAGCUAUGUGGCCAGCUUCGAAAGUCGAACCGUGCCCUACGAGGCGCCAGCAUCCAAGCUCUACAACAGCUCGUUCUCUCACCAGCAACCAAGGGCCAGAUCGGAGCGGCCACGGCCAACGAGAUUGUCACAUCCAUUUUACCCGUCAUUGCCGCCAACGAUAAUUAUCUCCUGAGCCCCGCUCUAUUAGUUAUAGCGCAGUUACAACUAGAGCAUCAUCAACUCGUAUCCUCACCUUCUAUCAUCACUCCGCUUUGCGAGCUUCUUAAGAAGAAUAUCGCCGGCUUACCACUAGACUCUCUCGUUACCUUAGUAACGAACGUCGGUAUGACUGGUAUGGGGGAGCCAUUGAUGAAAGGUGUUUUAGGUGUUGGCAUAGCGGGCGACCCGGCAGCUGUCGGUAAGGUUGCUGGUGCUUUAUUUGUCGCGAGCGGUGGACAGGUUGGCGUGACUGCUGAGAGUUUCGUUGAAGAACUUAAUCUAUCCAGCAAGCUGACACCCCCGGAUACCACCCGGCAAAGUCUCGCGCUGGCAAUCUUGGGAGAGAUUGGUCUACGACUUGGCCCUAAGUCUCGCCUACAACCUAGAAUUUUCUUGGAGCAAUUCCAUGACGAGCCGGAUAAAGUCUCUGUGUCUGCCGCGGUAGCCCUAGGCCGUGCAGGCGCAGGGAACGUAUCGGUUUUCCUACCGCCUAUACUUGACGCAAUCAAGAAACCAGGUAGCCAACAAUAUCUACUACUGCAAUCCAUCCGAGAGAUUCUUCAUCAAGCCAUCGCGUCAUCUAUAGAUAUCAGAUCAUAUGAAAGCGAAAUUUGGCGACUACUUUUCUCAGCAGCUCAGCUUGAUGACAACAGGGCGAUUUGCUCCGAAUGCAUAGGACGACUAGCCAUCAUGGGGCCUAAAACGUACAUCCCGAAACUUCAAGAACUUCUGGGAGACCCAUCGCCCGUCUUUAGGGGUGUAGCCGUACAAGCACUGCGGUACACACUGCCGGAUAGUGAUGAAUCGUUCGAUUUGAUGCUAAAGACAGUUCUAUUUGAUAUGCUCCUUACGGUUUUGAAAGAUAAGGACAUGGAAAUCCGUCGUCUCGGUAUGACGGCCUUGAACUCGGCGGCGCACAAUAAACCCGACUUAAUCCUUCCACACCUCAGCGAGUUGUUGCCCUUCGUUAUAACAGAAUCUGUUAUCAAGCCUGAGCUCAUCCGUGAGGUUCAGAUGGGCCCAUUUAAACAUUUAGUGGAUGAUGGAUUAGAGGUUCGCAAGAGCGCAUAUGAGACUUUGUAUGCCCUUAUGGAGACGGCAUUCUCUCGUGUGAGCGGCCUCGAAUUCUACGAUCGAAUCAUUGCUGGCCUUAACGACGAGAAUGAUAUUCGGUCUCUUUGCAACCUCAUGCUUAGCAAGUUGAUUGUCAUCGACCCGGAGGAGACUACUCGGCGUCUAGAUACAGUUGCCGAAUGCUACAGGAAGACGCUGUCGCAUAAGCUUAGGGACGGCGCAGUGAAGCAAGAGGUUGAAAAGCAAGAAGAGGCCAUUAAGAGCGUAUUGCGUGUUACCAUAUUGCUUGUGGAGAAGACCAAGACUACUUUGCCAGGUGCCAUGGGAGGCGCUACCUCGGCAUCUCAGGUUCAAGCACAGCAAUCGGUGCCGAACCCCGUCUGGCAGCAAUACUGGGAAUGGGUUAACAAAGACUUUGAACGCCAGCUUAAGGCGUUACGGGAGGAGAACAAGGAUGUACCUAUGUGAGAAGCCGGAAUUGCAUCUUGAGCCGCCAUGCUGGGUAAAUUUCGAUGAAAAAGGUUGGGCCUGGUCAUUUGCUUCCGUGUCUGGAAUGGUUGGCAACUGGUCACUAGUGAGCUCUGGGAAAUACCUAGGUGCCCAGAUUUCCUAAGGCUAUUCCAUGCCUUUGCAGAGAUAGAAGGCCAAGUACGUAGCAUCUAGACAGUUAAAGCUAUUAUGAAAGGACAAAAAAAGAACGAAAAAUCAACUGAGUGUUUAAAACCGUAGCUAUAGUACCUAGGUAUCUUAGGUACAUUAAUUUGCAGUGGUGUUAGCGAAUAAUGGGCUGGCACUUAAGAAAGCUAGGGCCAUUCCCCGGACUCAAUGGCGGGCUAGGUAAGGCGGUUAGGGCUGCUAGGAUUAGCGUGUAGGCGUGCUAAUGACGUCUAUAAAGGGUAAUAUUUAGUGGAAACG